AUGUUUGAAAAAACGGAUGUAUUUGAUUUCCGUCGAUCAGUUGCCCUUGGUCUGAUGACAGCUCGAAAUACUCCAUCAAGAAAAUCUAUAAGCCUGAAAAGAUCAGCUCCACAAACGCCAUCAAAUCGAAGAAAGAAAACUUUAUCCAACUCCAAAGACGUCAGAUUAGGCAGCAGGGGUAUUCAUUGGCCAAGUUUUGGUAUAAAGAGAGGUAGAUGUGAACUUUGCAGUAUUCGAGGAGUAGAGUCCCGGCCACUUUCUUCGUGUAACCACUGCCGAGUAUUUCUGUGUUGCAAUGAAAGGAAAAAUUGUUUUGUAGAAUACCACCAAGUUGACAUUGUAUAA